AUGCGGAUCAUAAACCCCCAGUCCGCAACUCUAACAAACAUCGAAGUCCUCACCUUCCUCUCCGCAAACCCGCCCCGACGACCUCCGAAUCCGCCUCCGGGCGUGAAUCAGCGCCACUGGAUCCCAAGUCCUGACUUGCGCGAUCAUAAUACGGUCGUUAAAGAGAUACACAACUACGCAACCCGCCUCUCACCACAUCUACUCCGCUAUCCGCAAUAUACAUCUCCAUCAUCAACAGAAAAGCCCGGAAAGAGAUCCGCGGCGCCGGAACCAGAAACAGCACUCGAUAUCGCGCUGCGCGAUCUAAUCACACGGUUACAGCCCUAUGGCCUGACGAAGGGCGAGGUGUUGAUGCUGAUUAACCUGGGCGUUGGGUUACCGGCUUCGGGGCCGGCUGCGGAGGGUGGUGAGGGGGAGGAAGAAGGAGAUAUGGCGGAAGCAGGCGAGGGGAUGGAUGUUGAUGGGGGUGCUGCGGAGAAUGGAGCCGGAGAAGGAGGGGUCGAUGGGGAGGAAGGAGGGGAGGAAGGCGAGGCGGGCGAUUAUGGUGCUCUGGCACUGGUUGAUACGGUGAUUGAGGAGAGAGAGCAGAGAUUGAGCGAUGAGGAUGUCACUGCGAUUUUGUCAAUUAUUCGGGAAACGUUGGGAAGUGCGACUACGUAG